GCUCCCCAAAAGAGGUAGCACACCCAAAAUAACGCCAAACGUUGCGUAUAUCAACCAGCUCCCUAAACGAGGUAGCACGCCUAGACUUACACCAAACGUUGCAUAUAUCAACCAGCUCCCACAACGACAAAGGCCGGCAGUAAAGGCACCAAUGAGCAUUGCAUACAUCAACCAGUUAGUCCACCGUAGACCCACCAGAAUCACGGUGAACACUGCCUACAUCAACAGAGUCCGACGGCCCAGUAGCACAAACAUCACACCUCCUAUAAACACAGCAGCCAUUAACCAGCUGCCAAAAGUGAAUAGACUUCCGGUUCAGGCUCCGGCACAGACGGCAUACAUCAACCGCGUCCCGUCCAUCCCACUGAUGAGGGGGAGCCCAGUCAACACUGCGACCAUUAACAGGAUCCCACCCAACACCCCUCGUCCAGUGAUCGCGCCUCCCGUUGUCAUGCCAACCAGACUUGGAAUUCCACCAAUGGUGAACCCAUCUGCAGUCAACCAGCUUCCUCCACGAACCCAGGAGCCAGAUGUCCAGGAGCCUACAGUCAGUCCUGCGAUGCCACAGUCGGACCCUACAGGAGAUGCCCCAGCAAGGGCUGGAACUCACGGGAGCCCAUCUCACAACGUACCUUCUAUCGCCUCAGACCAGGAGUGUAAGCAGAUCAUCGAAGUAGGCGUGACGCGAUGCUUCCGGGAGGCCGGCGUCCUGGCCGCCCCUGCCGACGUCUUCAAUCCCCAGAAGCCGGAAGUAGCCCGAGUAAUAUGCAGUCAAGGACGACGUCUAAGACCGUGCAUCAUGGCCGGGGAGACGGCGUGUGGGCGUGGCAUGAGGGUGAUCAUCACACGGAGGAUGCUGUCAUCCCUUCUGAACGCCAUGGGCAACCUCUGUGCUUUACAAGUCUCAAGACCUCCGACCAGACAGAGUCUCCCGAACCAGCCCCAGCAACCCCGCUUCCCUCCUGUACUCCCUCCCCAGCUGAUGCCUCAGGCUCCCACGGAGCCCCAGACCCCCGAUGAGGUACCGCAGGUGCCCCAGGUACCCGAGGUCCUGGCUGGCGAGGUGCCGAUCAGACGCUCCUGCAUGAACGGCGGAUACGUGGUGAUCCAGGACGAUGUUGAGGUUUGCGAGUGUACAAGCGGAUUUGGAGGAGACCACUGUGAAAUCCCCAUCUGUAUUCCCGGCUGUGAGAACAACGGCGUGUGCGAGAACGUUGACGGCGUCGCUAUGUGCGUCUGCUCCAACGGCUACACCGGAGAAAUGUGCGAGAUUGUUCCAGUAGUCGCUGUAACGGAAGUUGAGCAGCCCAAACCAGUUGACCCGGCCACCACCUCGCUGGAGACUAGCCCUAACCCUGUACCAGUGAUGAAGACCGACUUCACCAACGAGGACCCCGACCACAUAGCAUCCAAGGCCCAUCCUACAGUGGAUGUAGAACACAAGGUGGAGAUUUUCGGCUAUCCCUUGUGGUUGAUUCUUGCUGUUGCUCUCGGGAUCUUUGCCCUUCUCUUCGUUCUCAGUCUCACAUGUUGUCUGUGUCUCAAAUGUCGCCGCUCGAAGCACUCGUUUGAGUUGAGCAGAGAAGCUGUGAAAAUCCCACUGCCGGACAAUAUUUACACAGUAGGAGUUGUUCCACCUGUCUAUGAGGCAAAGGGUAUUCCUCCUCUUUCGUAUGAAGAGGCGAAAGGGGAGACAAUCAAGGGUGGCGACAAGAAGGUUGACGAUGCAGAAAAGGAUGGCAAAGAAGAAAAUUAAGUAUUGAGGCGAGCAGGUGCUCUUCAAGAAAGUACCCUCUUACCAUAAAAAAACUUUCAUGUGAAACUCCUAGGAUGUGCUCAACAUGUACCUAAACACCCACAAGAAUUAUAAUGUGAUAUGAUAUAUUCCUGAUGACUGACAAGAUUGAGGAGGGCCCCUUCUGUGCCGAGUGCACGGGCAGCUCCUCCGUAGAGUCUCCGUCUGAUGAUAAGAAGAUACUUCAGCAUGUACAUAUAUAUCAAAUCGUAUAAUCUGAGUUGUACCUUACAAGUUAACAUGAAAAGGUGUAUUACACACUGAAAUAAAAACAAGUUACAAUUCUG